AUGGGAGGACGAAGAGGUCCCAACAGGACAUCCUACUGUCGUAAUCCGCUGUGUGAGCCAGGGUCCUCCGGGGGCUCUGGCGGGGGCCACGCUUCCAGCGCAUCGGUCACCAGUGUCCGUUCCCGCACCAGGAGCAGUUCCGGGGCGGGCCUCUCCAGCCCCCCACUGGCCGCCCAGACAGUCGUGCCCCUGCAACACUGCAAGAUCCCAGAGCUGCCCGUUCAAGCCAGCAUUCUGUUUGAGUUACAGCUCUUCUUCUGCCAGCUCAUAGCCCUCUUCGUUCACUACAUCAAUAUCUACAAGACAGUGUGGUGGUACCCACCUUCCCACCCGCCCUCACACACCUCCCUGAACUUCCACCUGAUCGACUUCAACUUGCUGAUGGUGACCACCAUCGUGCUGGGCCGCCGCUUCAUUGGGUCCAUCGUGAAGGAGGCUGCUCAGAGGGGGAAGGUCUCCCUCUUUCGCUCCAUCCUGCUGUUCCUCACCCGUUUCACCGUUCUCACGGCAACAGGCUGGAGUCUGUGCCGCUCCCUCAUCCACCUCUUCAGGACCUACUCCUUCCUGAACCUCCUGUUCCUCUGCUACCCGUUUGGGAUGUACAUUCCGUUCCUGCAGCUGAACUGUGACAUCCGCAAGACAAACCUCUUCAGCCACAUGGCCUCCGUGGGGCCCCGGGAGGCUGUCAGUGGCCUGGCGCGGAGCCGGGACUACCUGCUGACUCUGCGGGAGACGUGGAAGCAGCACACGCGGCAGCUGUAUGGCCCGGACUCCAUGCCCACCCACGCCUGCUGCCUGUCGCCCAGCCUCAUCCGCAGCGAGGUGGAGUUCCUCAAGAUGGACUUCAACUGGCGCAUGAAGGAAGUGCUGGUCAGCUCCAUGCUGAGUGCCUACUACGUGGCCUUUGUGCCUGUCUGGUUCGUGAAGAACACACAUUACUACGACAAGCGUUGGUCCUGCGAGCUCUUCCUCCUGGUGUCCAUCAGCACCUCCGUGAUCCUCAUGCAGCACCUGCUGCCUGCCAGCUACUGCGACCUGCUGCACAAGGCCGCUGCCCACCUCGGCUGCUGGCAGAAAGUGGACCCGGCGCUGUGCUCCAACGUGCUGCAGCACCCGUGGACUGAAGAAUGCAUGUGGCCGCAGGGCGUGCUGGUGAAGCACAGCAAGAACGUCUACAAAGCAGUGGGUCACUACAACGUGGCCAUCCCCUCCGAUGUCUCCCACUUCCGGUUCCACUUCUUUUUCAGCAAACCUCUGCGGAUCCUCAACAUCCUCCUGCUGCUGGAGGGUGCUGUCAUUGUCUACCAGCUGUACUCCUUGAUGUCUUCCGAAAAGUGGCACCAGACCAUCUCACUGGCGCUCAUCCUCUUCAGCAACUACUACGCCUUCUUCAAGCUGCUGCGGGACCGCCUGGUACUGGGCAAGGCCUACUCGUACUCGGCCAACCCCCAGAGGGACCUGGACCACCGGUUCUCCUGA